CGUUUUGUGAGUCGACGCACACAGCUGACCAACAACCACAUCUGGAAUAUGUCAUUUUGAUAAAUUACCUUUAAUGUCGUCUACAUCCAGUAAUUUGCAAGUACAUUAUUUCGAUAGUUAAUAAUCAAUGCACAGUGCCACGCUUCUGUUUUCAGCAAGCUAGCUAGCUAGCUAGAUAACGUAAACUGUGCUAACUAGCUAACUACGCGUUAGCCACUGAACCGUUCAUACCAUCACGGAUUGACUGGUUAACCGUCAAAAUGGCAAAGCAUAAAGCCUCUGAAAAAAGGAAUAUAAUCGAAGAUGAUGAAGUCAGAGAAGAUGGAGAGGAGAUGAAUCCUUUCUCCUUCAAAGAGUUCAUCCGCAGUAAAAACCAGUACCCAGAUAUUAAAGGGGAUCCAGAUGAGAAGAAUUACUCACCGCGAAAGAAGGCAUAUGGGAGCACAUUUCCGGCAGAGGGGGAAUAUACUGCCCCGAAGAGCUUCGAUCAAGACUUCCAGGGUCACUUUUACAUGGACCCCACACCGUUUCCUCAGUCUCUGGAAAAUGAGACUAAAGAGGAGUGGGCUGGGAGUUACCAGCCAUCAGCCAUUGAGGAGGCACAUGAGUUUGGACUGUGUGGCACUGCAGCAGCAGACAGCAGCACAUACUCUGGUCAGUCCUCCCUGUGCACAGAGGAAGAAGAGGAGACUUCAUCCUCCCUAUGGCAGGUGGAUGAAGAAUUCUCACCAGAGGCCCGCCAGUCCAGGAGGGCCCCAGUGAAUUAUGAGGGAGAUGAUGAGACAUCAAUGGCAGAGCUCUCCUACAAGACCAAGAAGAGUAGUACCGAGAAUGGCAUUAGGGAUCAACAAAAGCUGAGGGAGGAAAAUGUGCUGCUCAGGAAGCACAUUAAAGAUCUUGUGAAGAAGUCUGAGUAUGAUGAUCAAAGAAUUCGACACGUCACAGAUGAGUUGCACAAGAGAAGAGUGCAGGAGGAGAGGGAGGCUCAGGCUUUAGAGACCAUGGUCCACUCCGUAGAGCAGAACCUGCAGUUAAUGACCAAACGAGCAGUUAAGGCUGAAAACAUUGUAUCAAAACUCAAACAGGAGCUGCAUCAAUUACAGGGCCAAGUAGAUGGGUACCGGUAUGAGAAUGAGAGACUUCGAGCUGGAGAAACAGCUGCCUUAAAUACAAUGAAACAUAAUGCGCAAGUGGCCUCAGAGUACCUUAACAAAGCAGCACUCAAUGCAGAGACUUCCAUCAAGCAAUUACUUACAGGAGCAGAGACUCUUUGUCUAGUAUCUCAACUGCUGCAGUCCAUCGACAACAUAUCUGAGAUUCACAAUGAAGGCUGAUGGAGUUUAAAGGACCAUAGAGAUUUCAGAUCUAGUACCAUCCAGCAACAAGGAACUGGAAAACAACUCACAGAGAAUUUUAAGUUCUGGUGGGUGAUUUGUGACCCAAAAAAAUAUUGCACAUAUUUUUUACUUGUACUUCAUAAAAUGUUUAGUUUAAACCACUUUAACAGGCGAUUUGAAAACAAUAUAUACAAACAACAGAUGUAUUUAACACUGAGGUAAAUAUGACUCAAAUAUUGUGAUUAAUAAACAUGUGACUAGAUAUCCUUCAAA